UUCCGUUGUCCGUUGGUUGGAAUAUUCGCCUGUUUUGCUACAAUAAAUUUGUACACCGUGCUGCUUCUCUUCCUCACCAAGGGCUAUAAUUCCUUAAAGGCACCCGCCUUUGCGCGAGCUCUCAAUUGCCUUUGUCCCCGGCCGUCCGUUUCUAGAUCAUGGAAACAAUACUAGCAAUGAUCUUCCGGCGGCCUUGAGCCACAGCAAAAAAUUGGAGAGACAUGGAAAGGGAAUUCAAAUAAGUCGUGGUGGAAGAAGGCCAGGAAGGUAAGAUGGAGAAGAAGAGAACUACAAUAUUGAUGCAAAAGUAUGAGGUAGGGCGCAUGCUUGGAAAAGGGACAUUUGCCAAGGUUUACCAUGCACGAAUCCUGAGUUCCGGACAGAACGUAGCCAUUAAGAACAUUGACAAGGAGAAGAUUUCAAGGGUCGGAUUGAUAGAUCAAAUCAAACGAGAAAUCUCGGUUAUGCGCAUGGUUAGGCACCCUAAUGUCGUCCAGCUCUAUGAAGUCAUGGCAAGCAAAACCAAGAUCUAUUUCUCCAUGGAGUACGUGAAAGGUGGAGAGCUUUUCGACAUGGUUGCCAAAGGAAAGCUCAGGGAAGACAUGGCACGCAAAUAUUUUCAACAGCUGAUUGGGGCAGUGGAUUUCUGCCAUAGCCGAGGUGUGUAUCACCGAGACCUAAAGCCGGAGAAUCUCCUUCUCGAUGAGAAUGGUAACCUCAAAGUUUCAGAUUUUGGGUUGAGCGCAUUGUGGGAGUCUCGGAGGCAAGAUGGCCUUCUCCACACGACGUGCGGUACUCCUGCCUAUGUGGCUCCAGAAGUCAUUAGCAAGAAAGGUUAUGACGGAGCUAAGGCUGAUAUAUGGUCUUGUGGAGUGAUUCUCUUCGUUUUAUUGGCGGGCUAUCUUCCUUUCCAAGAUUCAAACCUCUUGGAAAUGUAUAGGAAGAUUCGCAGAGGAGAAUUCAGGUGCCCCCAAUGGUUCGCAGUAGAGGUCCGAAAGCUUCUUUCAAGAAUUCUUGACCCCAAUCCGAGCACAAGAAUAGAUUUCGCCAAGCUCAAGGAGAACGCUUGGUUCAAGAAGGGAUUAAAAAAGAUUGAAGCUCCUCCACCCCCUCCAGACUUUGAAAACAUCUCGGUUCGUGACGUUCAGGCUGCCUUUGAGUCGUCCGGCUCUGAGGAUAAUUUAAAAAGGGAAGUUAAUGCAGCAACAAACCCAAUGAAACCAACUUGUUUCAAUGCAUUUGAUAUCAUCUCCCUUUCACCAGGAUUCGAUCUGUCUGGCCUGUUCGAGAAGGAUAUUAGUCAGAAAGAGCAAGCACUGUUCACUUCUACAAAAUCAGCCUCACUGAUUAUGUCAAAGUUCGAAGAAAUAGCAGAGAUGGAGAGAUUUAGGGUGAUGAAGAAAGGCGGAAAGGUGAAAUUACAGGGGAGCAAAGAAGGAAGAAAAGGGCAACUUGCCAUAGAUGCUGAGAUUUUUGAAGUUACUCCAUCGCUUCAUGUUGUGGAGAUGAAGAAAGCAGCUGGGGACACAUUGGAGUAUAGACAAUUCUGUAACCAGGACUUGAAGCCUUAUCUCAAAGAUAUUGUAUGGACUUGGCAGGGAAGUGCGCAACAAUAAGAACAGCAACAAUCUCCAAAGGGGUUUUGUUUUUGUUUUUGUUUUUUCUUUUAACCUCUUACUGUCUUGCAUAGGCAGGUAGUGUUCUAUUACUAUCUUUUUCUAUCAAAGAGUCUCUAUCCUAAUGUUAAAAACCUUGUCGGAUUCCCUACUUUUGUUAGCUUAUUUGUUGUAAUGCUUUCCUUCAUCAUAAUUUUAAGAUUUGAAGUAUGGAUCAUCCA